GUCGACGCAGGCGGGAGCGAGCGUGACUGACGUUUACGUCGGCGACGCCUGGUUGCGCGAGGACGUGGGCUUUGGAGCGUGCGCAGUGGGAGCGUCGGCGACGACCCCUCGGCCUCGCACGGGAGGGGGCGACGCCGAGAUGGGGGCGGCGGAGGCGGAUUGCACUCUCUUUGUGGGCAACCUAGAAACUAAAGUGACCGAGGAGCUCCUUUUCGAGCUUUUCCACCAGGCGGGGCCAGUAAUAAAAGUGAAAAUUCCAAAAGAUAAGGAUGGUAAACCCAAGCAGUUUGCAUUUGUGAAUUUCAAACAUGAAGUGUCUGUUCCUUAUGCAAUGAAUCUACUUAAUGGAAUAAAACUUUUUGGAAGGCCCAUCAAAAUUCAGUUUAGAUCAGCCCCAGUAGGGGCUCAGGAAUCGAACCCGGGUCCAGUCCUUGACCCAUUGCCGCAUGGGCGACACUCAAACCACGGAGCACACCCGCCAGGAAGUAGCCAUGCCUCACAGGAUGUUAGUUUGUCAUAUUCCCAGCAUCAUGUUGGAAAUUCAAGCCCUACCUCCACAUCUCCUAACAGACAUGAAAGAACUGUGGAUAACAUGACUCCAUCACCACAGAUAAUUCAGAGAUCUUUCUCUUCUCCAGAAAAUUUUCAGAAACAAGCAGUGAUGAACAACGUUUUGAGACAGAUGUCAUAUGGCGGGAAAUUUGGUUCUCCACAUCUUGAUCAAUCAGGAUUUUCCCCAUCAGUUCAGUCACAUAAUCAUAGUUAUAACCAGUCUUCAAGCUCCCAGUGGCGUCAAGAUACACCAUCAUCACUGCGUAAAGCCAGGCAGAGUUCUCAUCCCUACAUAGUAGACAGACACUAUAGCCGUGAGCAGCAUUACAGAGGACACAGGGAUGAUUACUUCUAUGAAGACAGGAAUCACGAUGGCUGGAGCCAUGACCACGAUAACAGAAGAGACAGCAGUAGAGCUGGAAAGUGGCAUUCAUCUCGAAACUAACAAGUGUUCAAAGGACAUUGUUUUUAUAGGGUCAUCCUAGGCCCUUUGGACUAAGUUGGUCUGGAAAUGUUUUGUUAAAACUGUACAGAGCAGUUUUAUAAGAUCCCACAUUUCUUUAUAAAAAUUUUUAAAGCAUGUAGUGAUCUAUAGUCUAAUACAGAAAUGAGAAGACUUGUGAUUACUGUUUUUACAUUAAUAACCUUUCACCUCAGGGUUUCAUGAAGAGGAAAGCGUUCAAUGCGCAAAAGAAAGUUCCGCAAUUUCUAAUCGUUUUAGAAAUUGAGGAAGGCACAUGUUAUAUGUAUUGGUUGUAUCAUAAGGCAAAUAUUUUAAUGAUCUAUUCUCAAGAACCUGCUUAUUAGUGAAUCACAUUUUGUGUAUAUAAUAGAAAACAUUCAAGUUGGUAUUCCAAAAUACAGUAGUAUUUUGUAAACAAAUGAGAAAAUGUAAUUUCAAUGAUUUGUUUCACUAACAUUUGAGAAAGAUUAUUGAUAAAGUUUGAGAAUAAUCAUAUUGUUUAAUUUCAUAGAGAAUGUAGGUGUAUAAGGUCUGUGACAUGCUCUGAGUUUUGCCCUAAUUGGAUAUCAAGUGUAAAUCUACACUUCCUUUUUCAUUCUAAAAUAUUAGAAUUUUCUCAUUAAAUCAUGUUUGACUGAAUAACUGAAGUCACUCAGGAAGUUAAAUAUCUGUAAAUGUGUUUUCAUUUUAAUUAAAAAUUCAGUGUUAGCGUAAAUUCUCCUUUUUAGGAAGAACAAAAAUGCAAAUGCAGAGUCAGAUAAAAUGAUUUAUGAAAGUAUGCUUGUUUGGGAAAAGGUUCACAAAGCCUUUAAGUGCUGCCUCUAUUACUCAAACUUUAAAAAUUUACAAUUUUUAAAGUGCCCAGGGUAUGUGUGCAAGGACACGUUUUAUUAUAGGGAUUGUACAUGUUGUCUUUCUGUUUGAACAUUUGAAAGAGUUAAGUCUUACACACUUUCUGAUUUUAAAAUGUUUAAAUCCUGUUAAAACUUUUAUGUAUCAAGAUGUUUCCCUUUAAUUGUAGAGCUUGUUUAUACAAAUUCACUCCUUGAUAUAUUUGGAUCCUUUUUAAUAACUAUAGCAUUUUUAUACUGUUACUUUUUAAUAUAUUGAAAACAUAAAAA